GAGAGGGGCCGGAACGAGCCGAGCUGGGCCGGAGUGAGCCCAGCGGGGCCGAGCCCGACCGGGAGGGGCCGAGGUGAGACGAGCCGGACCGGACCGAGCGGGCCUGAAGGGAUCCGAGCGGAGCUACCGCUAUGCCCAAGGCGCGGGCCGGGAAGCGGCCGGAGCGCCGGGAGGGCCGCGCCGGCGGCAUCCUCUUCAACACCGGGGCCGGGCAGCACAUCCUGAAGAACCCCCUCGUGGUGAACAGCAUCAUCGACAAGGCUGCCCUGCGCCGCACGGAUGUCAUUCUGGAAGUGGGCCCGGGAACUGGAAACCUGACCGUAAAGAUGCUGGAGAAAGUAAAAAAAGUUAUUGCAUGUGAAAUUGACCCUAGACUUGUUGGUGAGCUUCAGAAGAGAGUCCAGGGCACGUGUCUGGCAAACAAACUUGAAAUCAAGGUUGGAGAUAUCUUGAAAACAGAUUUACCAUUCUUUGAUGCGUGUGUGGCUAACUUGCCUUACCAGAUUUCUUCACCUUUUGUUUUCAAGUUAUUGCUUCAUCGACCUUUUUUCAGGUGUGCAAUCCUUAUGUUUCAAAGGGAGUUUGCACUUCGUUUGGUUGCAAAACCAGGAAGCAAACUGUACUGCAGAUUGUCUAUUAAUACUCAGUUGCUGGCUCGAGUGGACCAUCUGAUGAAGGUUGGAAAGAACAACUUCAAGCCUCCUCCCAAAGUUGAAUCCAGUGUUGUCAGAAUAGAGCCGAAGAACCCACCACCACCUAUCAACUUCCAGGAGUGGGAUGGUCUGGUAAGGAUAGCCUUUGUUAGGAAAAACAAGACACUCUCUGCAGCAUUUAAAUCAAGUGCUGUAGUGCAGUUGCUGGAUCAUAAUUACCGAGUUCAUUGUUCCUUACAUAAUACAGAAAUCCCUGAAAACUUCAAAAUUGCAGAGAAAAUACAGACAGUCCUAAAAGAUACAGGUUACUCUGAAAAACGAGCCCGUUCAAUGGAUAUAGAUGAUUUCAUUCGCUUGCUACAUGGCUUCAAUUCAGAAGGCAUCCAUUUUUCAUAGAUACUCCUAGAAGAAUGAAAGAUGCUGUAUUUUUUCACCAAAGUUUUACCCAAGCCAGAGUGAGUGCAAUGGGACAAGCUCCUCUUAAAAGCAACGAACAGAAUACAGCGGGUAUGCUUGGACUCAAAAUAAAAUGUUAGAUGUGGUUUUAUCGCAUGCAGUAGGCAAGAAGCUGCUGCUCAGUCUUUUAAAAGCAGCAGAUUCUUUCAGAUCUGAAGUGAGGUGCUGGACUGCCUCAUGACUUUGUUUUUCUAUAUAUAUCCAAAACAUGGAUUGAUGAUAAUUGAAAUCCGUGUUCUCCAAUGAUGGACUUCACCUCAGUAUAUUAAUGUACAAUACUCAACAGUACAACCCAUAAUGGGUCUGGACAACAAAAAGAAAGUUGUAGUAGUUCCUUUUUUGGUAUCAAUCAUUUGUGUGUUUGUUUUAAAGUGUAUUUAAAUGCUUCCUUUUGAUUUGAGAUGGCCUGUCUCUCUCAUCCUUCUGGUAACUACCAGCACUCCAAGCCUGUUAGUAAUCUGCUCCUCUUGGAGAGCCCCACUGAGUGUUUCUCAGAAAACAAAAGAAUUUACCUUGUGGGCUUGAUAUCAUUUAUAUUAUUACCUUUACCCUCUCCUCCACUGUAGGAACUGGAAAAAAAAUCUUCCAGUGGGCCAGGGCUCAUAAACACAGACAGAAGGGUUAGGUUUUUUGUUAACUAAAUUCAAGUGACUGUUUUUUAAGGUAACUCCACUGUUAAUGCAGGAAAAAGUUUUAGCACAGAUCAUAGCUUUCAGUGAGAUUUGGAGCAAUGCAUGCAAAUUACCAAACCUCCUCUAAGAAAAGCUAUUUGUACACAAUAUUGAAUCAUUAAGAUUGGAAAAGAUGCCCUGGGUCCAGUGAGCAGCCCCAUUAACAUCCCAUCAUUUUUUUAAAACUAAUUGAUUCAGAAGCAUGUAUAGAAACAGGCAUCCUGAAGCAUUGACUUCAAAAACUGAAUUGCACAUUUAUUUCACAAUGUAGUAAUUCAGUAAUUCUGGUGCCACUUCACUUCAUGCAGUGAAGUGAACCAAAUGAUGAAUUAGGUUCACUAAGAAUACGGUUGGACUGAUACAGAAGGAACAAGUGCAGAAGAUAUGUGUCACACUUCCUUAAUUCUUUUGUUUUACUGGAGAGGAAUAGAGUAUAAGCUAUUCCUACUAUUCCUAGAGCUACAAGUAAUUUCAGUCUGUUAUGGCAAUGACUUACAGCAGGCUCUGGCACAAAGACUGGCAGUAGCCACAGUUUCAGCUAGCAUGUGCUGCUUGACAGGACACAUGUAAUUUACAGGGCUUUGUAAAAAGGUGCUAAAAGCAAUCUGUCCUUUCUGUCCUUUUGGGACCCACAGUAAGCCAUAGCCUGGUUGCAGUGCUGGGCUUCCAUGAACAGAUAGUGUGGAAGCCACUGUUACUCCUGUGGUGUAACUCAAUCUUCAGAAGCUUUUUAGUAGUAAGAAUUGUCUAAAGCAGUUAAGGAGAAUACCUCUGAUAAUACAUGAUAACCUGUACUAUCACCUGAACUAUCACUAUCACAGUAGCUAUUGCCUUCUAUUCCAUUGGUUUUAUUUCUUUUAGCUGUGUUGGGUGAUGAUCUUAAAAAAAUGUUCAGAAAAAGGUGUGAUGUUUUUUAAAGAUGUGCUGCAAAACUGAAGUCAGGACAAUGGUCUGGGGAACUUCCUUCCAUAUAACGAACUUGUAUAGAAGAGUUUGCUUUAUUUUGAAAUCAGAAGCCUUUUCAAAAAUGUAACUGAUGUACUUACAAAUGGAAACCCUUCCCAAAGCGUAACAGAAAUGCUCAGAUGUAAUUCAUUUAAUAGCUUAAUUUAUUAAACACAUUAUGUAAAAUCUA